CGAGCAUUGGCAGAAGCAAAUAUUCUGAAAGAGACCAAUAGUAAAUUGCAUUCAGGUUGGUUAUAUUUUUUAAAUAUUUAAGAAGGAUUUAUUUUUUUAGAAAACAUGGAAAUGUUUGUAUCUACAAUCUGUAUUGUAUUCCACCUGUAACCAGUCAAUAGUGUGCCAGAAGAGUUUAUAUUUUUAUAUUGUAAUGAAAUUUCUGUUCAGUUUUCAUGUAAUUAGUUUUUUUUUAGAAAUGUGUCAAAAUAAUGUAAUCUGAAAUAAUAUUAUCUUUUCAUAUGAAUGGGACAAAAAAGUCAGGAUGUUAAUAUUUACUUUAAAAAAAAGUUUACCUGUAAGAUGAAAACAAUCUUUGAAAAUUAUUAUUAUAGAAUGCUGCAUACUUGAAGAAAACGUUAAAAGCUGCCAGGAAAGACUUGAUAGUGUUUGUGAUCUGGAGAGUAAGAUUUUGCUCUUUAAUUACUUUUGUUAAUAUAAAUAAUUGAAAUGAAUUGAAAGCUUAAGGUUUUUAAAAGCUCAAGUUUAAAAGUUAAUAGUGCUAUUUCCUGUUAAUUUAUUUUGAAUAUUUACCAUUCAACUUUCAGAUAAAAUUUGGAAGUUAGAAGAAGAACUGGCUAAUAAGAAUAAGGUAAAGAUGGGGAGUAAAUAUUUUAUGCCACAUGUUUCAUUUAAUGUCGUCAUGUAACCUAGAUACAUUAUCUUAUUUUAUUCUCUAAGAAUAAAUCCAUUGUUACUGAUUGUUACUGGUAAGUACAAAAAAUACCUUUUACUUUUAUGUAAAAUUAUUUAUUCAAAUUUUUUUUUUAUCCUAAAAGUCCAGCAUUCAAUUUAUGGAAUCAAUGUAUUCAUUUAAUGCUAUUGAGAUUAACAGUUAAAUUGUUUGAUUUUAAAAGAAAGAAAGGUUAUUAUUUUCAUUUGAAAUUAUGAAUUUGUAUUGUCUUUUGUAAAACAUUAUUCAAGAGCCUUCAAACUGAGGUCAGCCAGCACAAGAGUGUCAUUGAAAGUCUACAGAAAGACCAUGCCAAAGAAAAAGAAGAAGCUGUACGUCAUAUAAAAGCGGAGUGUAAGGGAAUGUAUAUUAAUUAAUUAAUAUGUUAAGAAAAUAAAUAAAUAAAAACACACACCCCCCCCCCCAAAAAAAAAAAAAAAAACCCCCCGCCGAAAAAAAUGUACACAUUUCUGUUAUGCUAUUUAAUUCUAGAUUACUAAAUUAUAAUAUGGAUUUAACCCCUAAUUUACAAUUAUUUAAUUAGAUCUAUUAGCAUUCAUGAGAUAUUUUAAUUUAGGUGCUCAAGAAAUCACUAAAAUUACCAGUCAUUGGAAGGAAGCCGAG